GGCCUGCCAUUAGGGAUAAAGGUGAGACUCCCUCCGAUCUCAGGAAGCCACGAGGAGCUGGCCGGGACUCGUUCAUCACUUAGAACUGAGGGACUGGAGGCUCACUGCAAGUGCUCCCCCGCAUGCUCGUGGCAGACACCGUUGGUCCAUCCUGGGCUUCUUCCCCCUCAAGCCUGCUCUCGCUCUGCUCCUUUGCAGCACGACGCUCUGGGAAGUCACCACCAGUUGAUCAGAAAUGGCGUGUAAGACCAAGUUCAAUUACCAUUCCAGCAGAAUUGAUACUAGAUCCGGUACCGCAAAAGGAAUGGCAUGAGUGUGGGUCACUCGUAGGUUCCAGAAGCCAGGAGAUCCAAGCACAAAGAAGACAAAGCUGGAGGAAGGCGACUCGGUGAGCAUCAUCCGCGUGCCAGACACGAUGGAGGUCAACAGGGCUCCAUGUAUGAAAUUGUUGCUCGAGGGCACCAAUGUCCUGAAAGUAUGUGUCUCUUCAAGGCCAGACACUUUCUCUCACUUCCUCAGAGACACUAGGGCCUCCAUCUUGGACUCUUUCCACGCAAAUCCAAGAGGGAUGUGAGAAGCUGAGAAAUGGUUGCAGGAAACCACCUCCUCAUUACAGAAGCGCGGCCCGCACAGACGGAUGUGCCAAGGCAGUGGGGCAUUCUUGAGGUGACCAAGAGAAUGUUCUGGUCCUGGAACCAAGACCCAGAGGCGUGAAGUCUGGAUCCACAGAGGGAGCCUGUGAAGAGUUCAUUCAGAAGCUGAGUUCUAAAGUUCACCAUGCUGGCCUGCUGUUGUCUUUUGAUCACUGGCCUUUGAAACAGAAUACUAAUCAUAAGUUUAUACGUUAUUAUUUACAGGCAGCCUGAGGGAUUAGAAUUCUCUCGGCUCGAAGGGCCCCAUGACCGCUCACAUGCAUGACCCAGUGGAAGAUGGUUUCGGCGGUUGUCAGAGGGGAGAGCAGAACUGUGUAUUGGUCACAAAAGCUCUUUUCUUUCCUUUCUUGGAUAUCUUCUGAAGUAUCUGCAUGUCCCUACCCGAAAUAUCUCCACCCUGCAGGGCAUAAAACAGCUUCUGCUAGCAAGCAUGUUUUACCAGACACAUGGAGACAUAGAAAGCUGAUGGCACCUGUGAACGGGACUGAGACAGCUAGGAAUUGCACAGAUCCUGCGAUUCACGAGUUCCCCACAGACCUGUUCUCCAACAAGGAGCGACAACAUGGAGCCGUCCUGCUGCAUAUCCUCGGUGCUCUAUACAUGUUCUACGCCUUGGCCAUAGUCUGCGAUGACUUCUUUGUUCCGUCUCUAGAGAAGAUCUGCGAGAAGCUCCAUCUGAGUGAAGACGUUGCUGGAGCCACCUUCAUGGCUGCGGGAAGCUCGACACCUGAGCUGUUUGCCUCCGUUAUUGGCGUGUUCAUCACCCACGGAGAUGUUGGGGUUGGAACCAUCGUGGGCUCUGCUGUGUUCAACAUCUUGUGCAUAAUUGGCGUUUGUGGAUUAUUUGCGGGGCAGGUGGUCCGUCUGACGUGGUGGGCUGUGUGCCGAGACUCCGUGUACUACACCCUGUCUGUCAUCGUGCUCAUUGCUUUCAUAUAUGAUGAAGAAAUUGUGUGGUGGGAAGGACUGGUGCUCAUCAUCUUGUAUGCGUUUUACAUUCUGAUCAUGAAGUACAAUGUGAAGAUGCAGGCCUUUUUCACCAUCAAACAAAAGGCCGUUGCCAAUGGCAACACGGUCAACAGUGAGCUGGGGGAUGGUAAUGAUUACUGUGAUAGCAGUUCUGAUGACCCCUCCAUGCCAUUGCUGGGGCAAGUGAAGGAGGAGCCUCAGUACAGCAAAAACCCAGUGGUGAUGGUGGACGAGGUCAUGAGCUCCAGCCCUCCCAAGUUCAGCUUCCCGGAGGCGGGCUUACGCAUCAUGAUCACCAAUAAGUUUGGGCCCAGGACCCGACUGCGGAUGGCCAGCAGGAUCAUAAUUAAUGAGCGGCAGAGACUGAUCAACUCGGCUAACGGUGUCAACAGCAAGCCACUUCAAAACGGGAGACACGAAAACAUCGAGAACGGGAACGUUCCCGUGGAAAACCCCGAAGACCCUCAGCGGGAGCAGGAACAACAACCCCAGCCGCCACCCCCACCCCCAGAGCCGGAGCCGGUCGAGUCUGCCUUCCUGUCCCCCUUCUCCAUGCCCGAGGCAAGAGGGGACAGAGCCAAAUGGGUGUUCACCUGGCCACUCAUCUUCCUCCUGUGCAUCACCAUCCCCAACUGCAGCAAGCCCCGCUGGGAGAAAUACUUCAUGGUCACCUUCAUCACCGCCACGCUGUGGAUCGCUGUCUUCUCCUACAUAAUGGUGUGGCUGGUGACUAUUAUUGGAUACACUCUUGGGAUCCCUGAUGUCAUCAUGGGCAUCACUUUCCUGGCAGCGGGCACGAGUGUUCCAGACUGCAUGGCCAGCUUAAUCGUGGCGAGACAAGGCCUUGGUGACAUGGCGGUCUCAAACACCAUAGGAAGCAAUGUAUUUGACAUCCUAGUGGGACUCGGCAUACCAUGGGGCCUGCAGACCAUGGUUAUUAACUAUGGGUCCACGGUGAAGAUCAACAGCCGGGGUCUGGUCUAUUCCGUGGUGUUGUUGCUGGGCUCUGUCGCUCUCACUGUCCUCGGCAUCCAUCUCAACAAGUGGAGACUUGACCGGAAGCUGGGCGUCUGCGUGCUGGCCCUCUACGCCGUCUUCUUGUGCUUCUCCAUAAUGAUCGAGUUUAACGUCUUCACCUUUGUCAACUUGCCCAUGUGCCGAGAAGACAAUUAAAGCCCAGCCGCUGCGCGCGCCGCCCCCCCCCCCCCCCCCCCCCCCGCCCCGGGAGCUGUUCUGGACUCUCCGGUGCCGGUGUCCUCGCUCUCUCCCCUGCCCCACCGCCAGUCUCUCCUGCCUCGGUGGUCACCUUCUGCUCUUCCACACGCUGGAAGGAAGGGCCGUCGUGCUCGUCGUCUGGUCACAAGCCCGGCCGCUGGACGGCGUCCUCCUCCUGCUCGGAGCUCUGCCCUCCCCACGCAAGGCAAGACUGAGGGGCUGCUGCCGAGCCACCUGGCAGCCCCCUGAGCUGGCAGCCACACGGGUGCGGCGUGCCCCUUGCCUCUCUCAGACACUGUAGUGAGGACUUCCGUGUGCAGUGUGUCUUUCUGUCGCCCGGCAGCCUCGGAAGUGAGGCAGCCAGGAGAACGGGAGGUCCCCUGGGGCAAGUGCAAAAUGGGAGUGUCGCCUCAAGUGUCACCUCUGGGCCGGGGGGGGGGGGCGGGGGGGGGCGCGGUGUGAGUCCCUCAGGCCGCAUGUGCGCCCCUGACCUCGGCUGGGAGCACUCGCCGUUCGGAGGGGACAAGGCCUCACCCUGCUGAGCGUUUGGGGGGGGACCCCCAAGGGCAAACACUCCACCCCUUUCUCUGGAAAAAUCGGAAGACUGGAAAAAGCGUCUCACAGCCAAGAGGGGAAACACGCGUGAACUUCCUUGUCACUUGUAUUGAGGCCUUCAGAGAAAGAGCGAUGAGGUAUUAAAAAAUAAAAUGUCCUGUAGAUCAUCAUACUUGAAAAAAUAGCAUUCCGUACAAAAAGGCCAUGCUGGGGACCAAAAAAACUAACGCUCCAUGGAAAACGGACCCUGUGUGUAUCGUGUUGCACUGACACCGAGACGUUCGGUUUGGAAUAUAGAAAAGCAUGAAAGACUAACAUCUACCUGGGCGCUAAUUCGGAGACGCAGCGGAGAUGGUAGUUUGCGGCCAUACAGUCCAGACCCUCCGCGUGAUGCGGCACAACAUCCGUGUGGGGUUGUUGUCCCUUUAAGUGCUCUCCUCUCAUAAGUCACCCUGUUGCAAGACCCGACUGUCUCUGUGCUCAGCAAAUUUCAUAGCCUGCUGAACCGGAAUGAGUGAGCCACCCGUAAGGGGUUAAAAUGAGAAGAGGGAUUUCCUGAAAAAAAAAAAAAAAAAAAAGAAUUGCUCUCUGUUCCCAGGAGGCAAGUAUGAAAACCAUGACUUGGCAUUUUGUAGAGCUAAGUUUCUUGAGCCGUAGGGUUGGCUGCCCCGUGAAGGGCCAAGGAUGGGAGGUGGAGUCACAGAGAGAGAGAAAAAAAAAAAAAAUGCUAAACAGUUUUCGCCUGCUUCGUAGCUCUCAGAUCUAUAUUAAAAAGAUUUAUGAACACAAACCAUCCGUGGUUUCUAAAAAAGAAAGCACAAUUCAUUUUAUAUAGAGGGGUUUUUUUCUUAUUUUUUUAAUAUUUCUAUUGCAAAAGUCUAUCGGAUUUGAUGCACUUUUAAUAACUGGGGUAUUUUGCCCAGAAGAAUGUAUGGGAACUGGCCCGGAUAGGGUGAGGAAAGAAGGUUUUUAGUGAUUCACCAAUAAUCAGUCACGGGUGAUGAGCUGAAAUGCAAUAGCUAAUUCCUUCCUGAAACCCAAAGAUUGUGACCUGAGGCAGAAUUCGUGGCUGUGCUUGCUAAGGCCUCCUGAAUUUCAAAAGAGGAAGUGCUUGCGGCUGUGUCCUUUCAGUGAGCGUGAGCCUAAGACGGGAGGGAACUCGGUCACCAGGCUUCUGUUCUGGAUCCGCAUCAGUGUUAGCAGCUACACCACACUAAGGUUCCUCUUUUGUUUCUCUACCUAGAUUGGGCUCUGUGGUCUUCAAGUUGAGGACAAAGGUGAUUUUCCUAAGAAAUCAGCUAAGUGGGAGACCAGUGGGAUCGUUGGUAUAUACUUGACAUGCCCAGGAGUUCAGAGCCCCCUAGGACCUUUCAGCUUAGCUCACAGGGUCCCUUUGGUCUUACGGCCUCAUCUGGGCUUCAAAGUGUGUCCAUCUCCAUCUCAGUUCUCAGGAUUGCCCUUUGACGUACAUACGGAUGAUUCUCCCUGUGUAACAGAACAUGUAGUCUUGGGAGAGGCCGGGUGACUCUAGGCCGACUGUCAGUAAGUAGCAGAAUAGGAGCCAAGCUCCCACUCAUCACCCCUCCCUGGGGGGCCAGUGGGUUGGCCAUCCUUGGUGGGGGGGUGGGUGGAGGCAUAGCCUUACCCUUGUGGUUGGUUCUCAUUGUUUAAGUUAAAACGUCGGCAAACAGUUAAUCGACUCCUGGUGCCCCAGCUCAGAUUCCAAUAGCUGUCCCUGUCCGGUGCCCCUGUUUUUUUUCCUGGUAAAGACCAAAAGAUUUUUUUAUCUACACGGCACAGGCCACGUGGCCCCGAUGAUGUCUGUGCUGAUGUUCACUUCUCUGAAUCCUUGGGUAGCUUCUAGAGAACACAUCCUAAUUACCUGCCUCUUCCUCAGGAGAGUCCGUCUGAGAUGAUACAGUAUCCUACAGUUGCAGUUGGAGACAAAAAAAAUAUAGUGUUUCUAGUACCUAGAGCACUCCUGCUGGCUAAUUCUCUUUUGACUGUAAUGUGCCAAUGUAACUUCCUUAAAGGAUCUGUGUAUUUAUUGUAUCUAGGAAACUGUAUGUACACUAUAGGUGAAUAAUUCUCCUUUUUAACUAUUUUUCAUCACGAGUUUAAAGAAUUGCUUGAUUAAUUAGGCCUUCACUUUAAAAUGAUGCUUUUAUCACUAUACAGGAUUACGUCCUUUAUUUUAUUCCCAAAGCUAAUUAGCAUGGGGUAAUUACUCUGCUUCAAAAAUAGGCAAUAAAAAAAUAAAUUCAGCUCUUCUGACUGGGAGCAGGAAAGAAAAAAAUGAACCAUGGCACUGAGAUGGAAAAUGUCUGUAGAAUCCGGAGCAGGUGGUUCCUGUUCAGUUUCUAGUUUGGAAUUUGCCCUUACCAGCUCGAGCACGGACAGGGUUGUUAGGUGUGUGGUGUCUGAAAGCCUGGCCCUGGAGGAAGGUUCUGAGUCAGCUUGGGGGGUUGGGGGAAGACUAAUGGUGAAGGGCACCGCGGGCAGGGCAGGGCAGAGCCAUGAUCCUUCCGGUAACCUGCAGUCUGCUGGUCUCUGAAUCUCGUCCGCGUGCACAGACCUCGCUGCUCAUCACCCCUCCCCCACACACACCUGUUAGGGCUACGUCUUGCUUCUGCCUGUCCAUCCCCUGCUUUUACAGACCCAAGCAGCUGAUAAGGCAGAACCCCCCCAGAGCCAGGUUAAACCAGGUGGGGGGCAUGCCCAUCACUCUAGAGCAGUCCUACAGACCCCAACCAAAGAACCGCUCCUGGGCUGCCCAGGGGUCUAGGUCCCCAAGGAAGAAACUGCCCCCUCGGAUGAGGAAUCACAAGCCUGACAUGUGUCUCCUGCCAGAGUCCUGGGGCCGGCCCCUCCCUCUCCUUAAGGUGGGGGUGGACAGAGGUGAGAUGGCCUGCGAGAGGGUCAGUUCUGUACCCCCUGGGGCAGAGGGGAAGUGGGGGAGAACCCCAGCACCAGAGGCUGAAGCUGCUUUCGUGCCCUGCCCUCCUUCCCCUGGCAUGAGAUGGGCCAGUGGGGUCCAGGCGCGGGAACAGUGCAGGUGCUGCCUGCCACAUGUGGGGACUUUCUCCUGUGGGUCAGCAGGAGGGAAGCAGAGACGCCGAAACUGGGGCUGGUGCUCCCCAGGGGGUGUGACCCUGAGUGGGCCGAGGGCUGGGGGUGGUCCCUUCUCUUCCACCGCACCCUCCCGCUUUCCUUCCCUCGCGGGCCAUGUCCCUCCUUGACUGGAAAAGAUGACUGGGCUGUGUAUGUGACAGGCUCCCAACAAGAGCUUACUACUUGAAUAAACCAGGAACUUGCCUGUUAGGCUGCAAAUCUUCAGGAGAUUGUUUCCCACGCGCCGUGACUUAAAUAUUCCCGAGUCUAACACCCUCUGAACAUGAUCUCUGUGUGUCUUUCUCCCUUUGGGGCAGUUAGCUGAGGUGUCCAGGGCACCUGAGAUGGUUCACGUCUUGGCAGCUUUGUUGUGCUCAUAGAAACUUCCAGAAAUUUCUGAAAAUGCUCUCUGGGCACCUCUUGGGUGGCAGGAAAUCUGUCCUCUCCCUCCAGCCCCUGGAACACACACACACCCAAAGUGCUGCCUCCCUGACCCCUGCCCUCUCUAUGUGGGUUCACCCAGAGUGUCUGGACACCCCCACCAGGUGUGGACAAGUACAUUCUGGCUCUUCUGGUUGCUGCAGCUGAUCACCUGAGCCCCUCAAGCCUCCCUCCGGACCUUCUCAAAGCACAGAGAAGGGGCCCCUCCCGCACUGGGUAAACCUUCCCACUGCAUCAGGCAUGCGGGCAGUAGAACGAGGGGGGUCUUUCCAUGGAUCCAUCCCUACAAGGCAGAGAACUGUAGAAAAUGUUCCCCAAAGGGCACAGACCACAGGGGCACAGAUUUUUAAAAGACAUUAAGUUGUUGUAUUUGCUUCUCCAUGAGGAAUAGCAGACUGGGAGACUAGCUAUGUGUCAGGCCAUCCCUCAAGCCUAGUAGCCGACGGGAGACCAACCAGCCUGUCACAAUGUUGCCCAAACUCGAGGAACUGGGUGUCCACAUAAAAUCGGGAGAAGAGGUGCAUUUUUCCCAUUGUGCCACGUGGGUGGAGCUGCUUUUUCCAUCGCAACAAGGAAGCCAGCUGGCUGGUAUUAAAGCUUUGAUAUUUUGUGGAGGUUUUUUUUUUUUUUUAAUUCUAAUUUUUCAAUGACGAAUAGUACCCUGGUUCCAUUUGUCUCCGCUGAAUCUUCACACACUGCCAGGGGCUGGUGGUCCUGCUUUGUGUCAUCUUUUAUCUUCGUGUUUCCAGGGUUUUCCCUCACCUCGUACAGAUGUGUGCAUGUCCAGGGCUCAGGAGCUGGUGUCCUCCACAAGAUUCGCAGCAGCGGCUGAAAACAUGGUCCCUUCUAGUCUGAGGAAAUAUCUGUGGCCUGAAUACCCCCGAGACAGACCUGGGGGCGAUGGGAGGCAGCUCUGAGAGCUGAAAAUGCCCACUGCACCCCCGUGACAGUCAAGCCCUUGGUUGUGUAGCUUUAUCCAUUAUUAGAUUUGUGGGUCUGGGAUUGAUUGCUCCUUGGUUAAAAGCGUGAUGACAAAUUUGGACAUAAUCCACACCUAUUCCCACUGUUGCCAGAAUUUAAACAGUUGCUUUUUAUGCAACAUGUUGGUUGGGACUUUUCCAUGGUCAAGGCCAAUAAAACCCUUAAUUCUGGAGAAGGUAUGUACCCUCCCUACCCCAUCACUGGAAAACAAUUUUUUUAAGCUAUCGAGAGAAAGUAUGGGCAGUUUGGGGUUUCUAGUUGCGUGGUCUGGUACGAUCAGCCUUUGUGAAUAAAAGGAGGGUCCCAGACAACAGCACCCUACCCGCUCCCACCCCAGAAUUUCCAAGAUAGGGAUUCCCAAUUAUCCAGAUGGACUGUCUCCUUUAACAGAAGGAGCCGGGCCUUCCUCACACUGAAAAUGACUGGGGUGUGAGCCAGGCAGCUCCGUUUUUCCAAAUCAAAUGUUCUAGUGGGUUCUUUUUUUUUUUUUUUCCUGGCCAGUGGGGCAUCCCUGUCCUCACCUCCAGAGGUGCCCUUCUGAGCUGUAGAACGCUUCCUGGCACUUCUUCCACAUGGCUUAGACCACAGAUUUUUGGGGACCCAGCAGACAGAGCUGUGGCUGAGCCUCUGGGGGCCAGCUCUUGGGGAACUUCUUCAGGGAGCUGCUAGUCCGGGAGGCUGGAUGUCCAGUUCAGAGCAAGGUGCCUUCUGCAUGUGUCUCCUGGCCAGCAACUGCCAGCCAGGAGUAGUUGCUGGGUGAACACAAAGAGAGCCUUGAUGACCUAGAGAGGCGAGAGGGCUGCCCGCCAGAGGGGCCGGGCCCGUGGCAGGGGAGGACCCGCCAAGGAAAGGGCCAAGCGAGGAGAGAGGCUGGGCACAUCCCAGAUGCCCAAGAGGCAGGCUGGGCACAGUUUUCGCAGGACCGUGGGAUUUCCCUGGGGUCUGGCCAUGGCCUACCAAACAGCAGGUAGAUAGAAUCGGGGGGCCUCUCAUGUCCAGGAAGAACCCCCUUAAAAACGAUCAAAACCAAGAACUUCUGGGGCUCUUAUAUGUCACUUGAGUCCCCCCGCCCCCGAGACAUUUCUGGCAUGUCGGACUGAACGCCACCAUCCUUGUUCAUUCUAACAAGCAAAGCAGGAGCAAUGAGUUGAAAAGUUGUAAAUAAUAAAUAUAUUUAUCUCACUAUUUAUUUUUUCAAUAACUGUGACCUCCCGCACUGUGAAUGCUCUGUGAUAAUCAGAUUCUAGGUUUAAUAAAACUGUCAUUAAAUUUGAAUGAAUUGAUGCUAUUGGUUACUAAACAGUGGCAUGAGUUUAUUUUUAUUGUGAAGAAAAAAUCUAGAGUAAAUAUGAGCUAAAUCUUUAUAAGAAAUCUAGCAGUCAGUAUUGUAAUGCAAUAUAUCAAAAUCUGUACACCGUCAAUAAAAUCCAUG